UGCCAUGCUGUAGCCCGUUAGUAAUGAGAGAGACCCCAUCCUAGAUGGAAGUGGCCUGCCACGGCAGCGGAACGUUCGCGCGUGAAUCUCGACCAAUGGCAGAAAAUUUCUUCCUUCCAUGGUGGCUGCAGGAGCAGCAUCAGCAGCAUAUUAUUAAGUGGUUAUAAGCAGCCGUAGCUCAGUGCCUGGUGGACUGGUGCAUGAGUAAUAAAGUAUUCUUUUUAAAGUGCUUUACUUCGACUAAAUAGUCAGAGGAAAAAAUAAAUGCUUAAUGAAUUGAAGGCAAUUUUACGAAAUCGCAACCUGUGAUAGUGCGUUCCAUUCGUUUCCGUCUAUUUUGAGUGACAUAAAUCAAAUACAGCUGCAACAAAGUGAAACAAAAAGGAAGCUCGGAAGCCUCUUCAGAAAGUCGUCUAAACUUGCAUAUCCCACUGGCAUAGUAAAUAAACACAAGUUUAGUUGAUGGAUGUACUGCUUGAGAGAGAAAGUGAAAUAAAGAAAGAGCAGAUUAUAAGAGACGGCUACAUGCGUUCGAAAUAAAUUCUGUUUAGUGUUAAAAACACUCUAGAAGAGAGGCCUUCGUGUGUAGAGUGCAAGGAAUUACCGCCCGUGUAUUCUUAUUGCUGACCGGUUUGUUUGUGUUUCCGGUCACCCCGGGGGGCGCGCGUUUCUGUGUACGUGUAGGUGUGACGCCUAACCGAUGACGGGGGAAGCAAUGACGUCACGCGUAUCAGCUGUCGGGGGAAAUCCAGUCGCGCCCCACCUACAGCCACCCAAUGCGAACCAUCCGGUGCAGGCGCUCCGAACCGACGAUAUUGAAGUACAGGUCAUCGAACAGGCUACCGAGCUGCAUUCAAACGAGCGAAAGAGCUCUUCCGGUCCGCCCGUAGCCAGUGGCAAACAAAGUGCCUCGAGGACCGCACUCCUUCCUCCAUUAUCCGUGGGAGCAACAACAGCCGCUGCAGCGUCGUCGGCAAACGGCGCUGCACGGCUAUCACUAAAGAACCCAGUCGGUUGGGUUUGCUGUGCACCGUGCAUAUGGCUUAGGGGCUCAUCGGCAGUUCACAAAAUGGCAAUUACGGCGGCCACCCUACUAGUUACUACUCUGCUCGUCGCCUCGCCCAUACUGUUCCUUAUCUCAGCCGCACCGUCCCAUCUACCGAAAGAUUGCUACGUUACGGAUGAUCACGAUUGCCACCCAACACCGGCACCUCCGCCGGAGUGUUCCGAUUCUAUCUGUCGGGCGGCGGCUAUCAGCAUACAGGCACGCAUGAACUGGGAGGUGGAACCCUGUCGGGAGUUCAAAAACUAUAGCUGUUCCCCGCUGGAAGGCAACAGUCUAAGGGCAGUGAAAAGCCCUCAAGAGACAGCCGACAUUCAAAUGCAGCAGUUGCUGUCACUCAACACGACCGCUGGACUGUUUCGGAAAUUGGGUCGCCUUUACGGAAGUUGUCUCCGGCAAACAUUAAAUGAUUCCGCAAUUAAAAUACGACUAGACAAACUGGGUGGCUAUUUGCAGAUUGGCUCAGUGGGACCACAAAGUAUAUCGCCUCUGAUAUCGAAAAUUCAACAGAUCGGUCCGAUGCCGAUUAUCGGCAUCUACUAUGACCUGAGCUACGGACGUAAACCACAAACACUGCUAAUAAUUGAUGGCCCAGCAACAUCGUCACACAUUCUAGAGAAUCCUGUCCGUUGGCAAGGACCGAAAGCGGCACCGAACGAUGUCAAGGAGGAUAUACCAAAACUGUUGGAGCCGCUAAUUAAUGUAUUUCUGCCGCCGGGUCUCAGCAGCGACCAGAGGCAGUCGGAGAAGAAUGUAAUAUUUGCCUUUGUUCGUGGUUUAAAUCAGAUUCGACGGGAUUACGUGCAGAAAGACUUCACACACAGCUACGUGCUGAACAACGUUACGGCGCUAAUCAACACGCACCCGUUCCUACUCUGGCAAGACUUAUUGCCCGCCAACUGGUCCGGUCCUAUCGUUAUUCGAAGUCCGGCUUAUUUGGAGCACUUGCGGAAGCUGUUUCUAACCUACCAGAAUCGGGUGAUUCACAAUGCACUGUUGCUAUUAUUCGCGCUUAAUACGCUACCACCAGGGAGACCAUCCCCCCUUGUUUGUGCCAAAGCAACCAACUGGGCACUGCCGGAAGUAACGUCGGCGUUGUUCAUCGGACAAUACAGCGAACAGGUUAUCGCACACGCGAUCCAUCGGACGGAGGAAAUGUUUGAAAACAUGAAGCAGCACCUAAAGCGGGCACCAUCGCUGCGAGGAGCCGCACUGGUGCGGCUUUCCCAGCUCAAAGUACAGGCCAAGGUGUGGCCGACACUCUUCAAUCGGACGGAGAUCGCGUCCAUUCUUGAUCAGAUUGAAAUCAGCUCAGACAACUGGUUUGAAAAUGUGCUCAAAAUAUAUCAACUGAACAAUAACCGGUCGUCAAUCAGGAACGCGUCUGCGGAGUCCACUCAUACUGCCUACGCCUACCCUCAAAUCGCUCGCAUUUUCUACGACACGCUGAGCCACUCGAUAGUGGUGCCACUGUCGACGAUUUUGGUGCCGUACUUUAAUCCCGUGCUACCACCGUACCUGCAUUAUGCCACACUAGGGACGUCACUGGCCAAGGAAAUCCUACGCUCCAUAACGAAAGCUUUCGAGAGUAAGAUUAUGCAGUGUGUGCCCAACUCGGUCGACGUAUUCUCCAACUCGAGCCGUAUGGAUUUGCUGAUCUAUUCGGGCGGGAUGCAGAUCGCUUACCACACGCUGCUGUCGUUGUCCGGGCCGAUCAAGGGCAUGAAUCGAUUGCCGGGUUUGAGCUUAACACCACCUCAAAUCUUCUAUCUGAUGUCCGCGCAGGAGCUAUGCGCAGAAGCCGAGUAUGAUGGGAUCGACGUUCAGUCGAAUGAUUUCGAUGAAAUACUAACGUGGCUAAUCUCGCAGGGCGGAAGUGCUUCGGACGUGUUCCAGUGCCAUUCCAGUACAAUGUUGAGUUUUCAAAAAAACUGCGACAUCUGGUAGAUAGCGGCCACGCACGCAGGAUUUGGAUCCAUUUCUUGAUAUAAGUAAUCAUCCGGUCAGUUGGGAUUUAAAACAAAUAUGUAGCUUAGAGAACCAACAAACUAAGGUUGAAUUAUAGGGCCAUUUAAGCUGGUCUAGCAACUGAGCACCUAUUCAAUGCACGUUAGUUUGUAACCUCGGAGUAACGACACAGUUUGGUGAACGAGUGCGUCAACUGUGUGCCCAUUUUUUGGUGCUACGGAUUGGAAGGGUUUUGCGGAAGCUAAUUGUUAAUUUAUUGGUAGAUUUUAUUAACGAAUGAUAAGAGUGCUAGGAUUUGAUGAGUUACGGAAAAAUUUCGUUACGCGUCCGUUUUCCGGAUUUAAAUUUACCCACCGUUUUAUCCGUUGUCUAAGUAGCCGUGAAAUGUUCCUUCAAGUUGAAACACAUCGUUAGCUUUUGGUAGACGAACGUGGGUCGGAUAUUGUAAAUAAUUUUAAUACUAGCUUUUAUGUAGAGAAGAACUUUUCCUUUACUGGUUUCAUUAAGCUUAGAUUCUACCUCCGACUAUCUGGUCUCUCUUUAGGCUUGUGGAUUGGUAAAUUUUAUCAGAAUACAAGCCACCAUGAAUCAUUCAGUAUUACUUUUUAUUUAAUAUAGUCAUCCUAAAUCUGCGUAAUAUAUUAGCUCGCUAAAAACACGGUCUGGAAAAAGAAGAAAGUUUUCAAAGAAUCUAGGUCAAUUGAAGCAAUCUUGUUUAACACAUCUCGCUCCACAGCUGCGGGUUUGUUUUAGUAAUUUUAACUGUGACAAUAUAGCGUUUUAAGGGUUAAACUACAGUGUGAAAUAAUUGUUAAUAGUCUCGAGUUAUAUUUAUUGGAAAAAUUUAACUAAUUGUAGGACGCUGUACAGUUCAGUAUUACCUACCAACCAACCUAGGAUUAGUGAUGUUAGCAGCUUGUACCACCGCGCGCUGAACCGAUUGCGGUUGUUUUAGGAACUGAUGAUUACGAUAAGGGAAUACAUUUAACCCCUUAGUUUAUAGCGGUCCUCCAAUGAGUGGUAGUAAUGAAAAAAAAAGUUAGAAUAUUUGUAGCCGCAAUCAAAUGACAGGCGACGUGAUUCCUAGUGGUUAGCUUCAUGGGUUUUCGUGUUCCGUUGAAGUUUUAGAACAACACCCACAAUUGGCUAGAAAGUAUAAUUUAGAAUAACACCGUAUAUGUAAUUCGAAAAAGUGCCCUUUAUGUGAUGAAACGCAGAAGCAUUUCUGUGAAGGAAACGACACUGAGACAAAAUAAAAACAAGAGAACCAAUUAGCGAAACAAACAAUUUAAAGUGUAUUGCGUAUAAAUGCUAGCCAUUAAGAAGUAGCAACAAUUCCGAGUCCAAAAGCUUGAUACGAAUUGAAACGAAGAAAAAGAGUUUACACGCAUCAACAAACAACUGAGAGGAAGAUUUACCCCAGCGUAUGCUAAAAGUUAGACUGUAAGAUCUAGUGACUAUUUCACUUAUCACUUUCGCUGGAAGUGCCAAAGUAAUAUACGGCAAACUGUGCGACAAGCGUAGAAUCGUUCGGAAUGAGUAAAAUUCGUAGUUGAGUAGUUAUACUUUAGGGGAAAAAAUUAAAGCAAAUUACGUUUUGUCGAGAGUCGAAAACACUGCAACAAUUAGAGCGAACAGAAUAAAUGGCAUUA